GGUGGAAACGUGGCUACGCCAUUAUUACGCGCGUGCUGUACUCGUUCCGACCGAAGCAGAAACCUAAGAAAGACUACGGAGCUUCCUUUUGGCCAUUACAUCUUCUUUAACAAACCGAUGAUAUUCCUCCCCCUCAUGAUUAUUCCCUCCUUUCACUCGUCCCCACGGUGUCAUGACCUUCCUCGGCUGGCUGUGGGAGUCUCUCCUCCUCCUCCUCAGUCCGCUGGGAUAGAGCGCCACCUGUCAUUUAAAUCUUUGCGUUUCUCGUUUUAACGCGGAAGUAGUGAGUGACGCAGGAACCCAGCUGGCGACAAUGAAAUAAACCGUUGAUGAGCAGAUCGGGAGGUGUGGGCAGGGUGUUGCAGUCCGGACCAUCAUGCCCUUCGCCCUGAGAGGAGUGUUAGAGGAAGUGUGUCUGUGAGGGACCCCGGUUGGCUCUGCUGGGAUGAAUAUGCCACUACACCAGAUCUCUGUCAUCCCCCGCGAUGUCACCUCAUCUCGGAUGUCGGGCAAUGGGAAAGCAAAGGACAAGGACAAGCAGAAUGAAAAGCCUCUGGGUCACUCAGCAAGUAGAUCCAGCAAUAUAUCAAAGGCAGGAAGCCCAACUUCAGUCAACGCUCCAUGCAGUUUCUCAAGGACGUCGGUUUCUCCUUCUAGCCAAGACAUCUGCAGCGGUCAGGAUCAGGGUUCUAAGAAGCAGACUGCUGUGGUUCUGCUGAACUCCAACAGUAAAAACCCUCAAGUUUCAGGAAGCGUUUUAUUGGCCACCCUCUGCACAGAUGCCCCGCCCCCCUGGAAGCAGGUCAAACAGAGAGACUGGCUGUCACUGCUCCGCCCGACCUCUAUAAACAUCCGACCCAACAGCUCUCUCAGGUUUUCAGUGUCUCUGAACGAUGUGGGUCAGCGUGUGGACAGCCUCUGCCGCGGCCUUCACUUCAUAGACCGCACAUGCUCAGAUGGAGAACUGGACACGAAGAAAGAGUCUGCUCAGGGCCCUGGCUCAGAUCAAAGGGCGCACACACUUAACCCAAAGCUGAUCCCAGCCCAAACCCAUCAGAGGCCUAAUGGCCCCUCCUCUACCAGAACCCAGCCCCACCUCGUCCCGUCCUUAACCAACAACUACAAAUACAUGCUGGGUCUCCCUUCAGCUAACCAUGUGUCUGCUGACUCUACCCUUUCCAACACACACUUCCAGCCUUCUUCUGCACCAGGUCCCCACUUCCUCCGAGUCCUCCUCCCCUUUUCUCGAUCUUCUACAACCACCAGCUUCCAGUGCUCUGAGAUGGGCAGCUAUGCCUCCCAACUCCACAUGAACAAGUCCAGUAGCACCCUGCUGGAAGGAUUCCCAUCUGAGGAUCCGCUGGGAAGUGACGACGUGUUUGAUGCAGGCCUACCCAGGUCACUUCUAAAGCAAACAGGCCAGCUGGGGGCCCCUGAAGCGGUCACUGUACCCGGGCUCAGUGCAGCUUUGGCCCCUCUGUGCUAUAUGGACGAGGACAAUGACCUUGAGUGCUGUUCGUCCCCUUUGUCCGAGAAAACCGGCCCACUGUCACCCUUUUCACUGUCUGCGGACUGCUGCAGGAUUUGUCACUGUGAAGGGGAUGAGGAGAGUCCUCUGAUCACGCCGUGCCACUGCACCGGGAGCCUGCGCUUCGUCCACCAGGGCUGUCUGCAGCAGUGGAUCAAGAGUUCGGACACCCGCUGCUGUGAACUCUGUAAAUAUGAGUUCAUCAUGGAGACCAAGUUCAAACCACUGCGGAAGUGGGAGAAACUACAGAUGACGGCCAGCGAGAGAAGGAAGAUCAUGUGUUCCGUCACCUUCCAUAUCAUCGCAAUUACCUGUGUGGUGUGGUCGCUGUACGUGCUCAUCGACAGAACGGCAGACGAAAUCCGAUCAGCCGGAAGAAUCCCAGGAAUCCUGGAAUGGCCUUUCUGGACAAAGCUCGUCGUAGUGGCCAUUGGCUUCACAGGUGGACUGGUUUUCAUGUAUGUCCAGUGCAAAGUCUACAUCCAUCUAUGGAAGAGACUCAAGGCCUACAACCGGGUCAUAUAUGUGCAGAACCGGCCAGACACGUGUAAAAAGCUGGCACUGGAGAAGCCGCCGCUCCUGGAUCCCAAUCCAGAAAACAAAGAGAUGCUGGCCCACACUCAGUCCGACACAAACUCCUCCCAGUAUAUAGAGACAGAGGACUACAGUAUGGAGGUUCUUCAUGUCUGACACCUGGUCCGUUUUGUCCCCCGUUUCUCAUCAUAAACACACGAGUAGCAGGCACGGAAACCUUCAGAGACGUCAUCCUCUCUCUGAUCACAGACUGAGCCACUAUCCUCUUGUGGCUUUUUCUUCCACCCAGUUUUCAAACUUCAUUGGACUCCUCUUUUAGUCCACUCUCCUAAAGUUCCUUUCCCAGGACGGACAGUUGGUUUGAGUGUUGAGGAACAUCUGUCUGCAGACGUACUACGUGUGCACCUUCAGACUGCGAUACUGGAACCUGAAGCGGUGAUGGAGGGUCAUACCUUUCUGUUGGGUUUGUUUCUAUCUUGCUUGUGGAUUCGUUGGACUUGUUUUUUCUUACCUCCCUUGAGUCUUGGGCUAAGCUGGGUCAAUGUAGCGCCGUGUGUUGAAUCUCUGUAAGCUUCCAGAUACUGCCAUCUCUGCUGCUGCGGUGUGUCAGCAGGAUUUCAGCUCCGCCGGUCUGGGUCUGACCAGGACUUGAUCUGGACACGCAUCAAAGCACUUUUAUUUUUUUAUGCCCCUCGACACAACUCCUCCCUUCCUCUACUUCCUUUCUUUUUCUUCAGUGUGACCUAAUUCCUUAAUAUUCUUCGUUUUGGGGGAGCACAGUGAAAACUGAAACGCACAAACUCACAGAUUACCCCUCCCUCGGACUGCAGAAAGGGGAAUUGAGGUCAAAAAGGGUGGAAAAUGCUGAAAGCAAGACAAAUGGCGAGUCAGCCACAUGGCUCCUCUGCCCUUACAAGAACUUUUUGAAGUCUGAGAAUGUAAUCUUUUUACAUAAUAAAAAUAAAUAAAAUUCGAUUUUUUUGUAUUUACUGUUAACAGGAAGUUGUGAGAAUAAUUUCCUCGUCUUGAAGAGGUCGUGGAAGCCUUUGAGCAUAACCAGCGUUGCUCUCCUUUUGUUUCCUACUUUGUGAAAAAGAUACAGUAUUGGCAGUGUGAUGUUCCAUGUGCAGUUUUUAGUAUAUGUUGCUUAGUCAAACAUGAGAAAUCCUCAGCUUCCUGCUUUCAGAUCUUUCGUGUGGCAUCGACAGCAGAUGGAUUAUCACAGGGCGUGUUGAUCAAAAACCAGUCAGAUACCCCUACUUUCAAAGUGAGGCUUGUUCUGCUGCAGAUCUGGACUUUUUAUCCAUUUCAAACUGCUUCUAAAAACUUUAACAAGUAACUAGAUCUGAGUAUGUUUUGCAGAGUCAUGGCAAUUCAAGCCAGCAGACCUUAAAGAACCUGCAUAUUGUCUUUGUUCUAACUGAGAAUCUUCAGUUCACCAUUUCAUCUUCUCAGUGUGCUCUAUUUAUUUUUACAACAUCAACAUUUAAAUUGGAAAAUCGUUUAAAAAUAUUGUUGUAAUAGUUAGACUGCACUGGCAUGAACUGUGAAAAGCAUCUGGACUAGAUCGCCACCUGCUGGUGUGAAGUUGAAGGCGCUGUCUGAGUCAGGAAGCAGAGAACUUCUUGGGGGUGAAGUGUUUCUGGGCUUUCAAUCCUAUGUAAUUUUUGUUUGUUUGUUUGUUUGUUUGUGUGUGUGGAAACACAGCAAUGCUAGGCUCAUGUUGAGUCUCACAGCCAUUCUUGCAACAUGCACAUUUACAAAACCGUCUUUGAUAGAGGAACGGUCUGACAGUACUGCUCAGCAGCAAUAAACAAGAGCAGUGCUUUGUUUUUGUGAAAGUCCAUAUUGUGUUUCUGUGUAUGCUCUGUAAUGAUUGGAGACCUCAAUCCUAACGUAAUUAAGAAGUCAAUUUUAAUUAAGACCAUAAAGUUUCUUUUUAACAUACAGACCCAGAAGGCUCAGUGCAAGUAGGUAAAAAGUGCAAUUACUAGGCAGGGUGACCUCUGGAAAUAAAAUGUGCAACUUUUGUUUUUUUUUCUGUCAGUGUUUGUAUUUAUUUUGCAGAGAAUCGUGCAGCUGAUUUAAAAAUCCUGUUUUAUCAGUCAUUUUAUGCAAUUUACGUAUUGCGUUUUGCGUUAAAAGGACAAAAAGCCUCAUCUCAUUCCAGCUUAUUUAGAUAUUGAAGACAAACUUCUGCUCACUUCCUAAACCAAAACUUUCAUGAAUCUUUAACUGCAAAAAAGUAAAACAUGACUUUUUUAAAUAUAAAAUUUGGAAUAUUUAGGGUUUUCUGCCCUAAAACUUUUGAGGAGCUGGCUCCAUUCAUAAAGUCUAACACGUUUUGAUGAUAAAAACUGAGGCCACCUUUAGUUGCACAAAUAAAACAUUUUCCUUUUUUUUUCCUUCUGUUAGACAUGGAUUAAAUAAAAUGUAGAUCUCCUAUACGCAUGUUUGUCUUUUUUUUUCUCCAAAAUCCAUGUCUGGGAAAACUGAGCCUUAUCUCUUACCACUGAUUUAAAAAUUCCUUUCUCAGGCGCAGUAUUUUAGCCUCACCUUUAGUUUAUCCUUUGUUCUUUAGUCACUUUUGUUCCAUCAUGUUUGGAAGGUGUAACUUGGAUAAAAGCAGCAUUUGUUUACUACUGACUGGACUUGAAGUUAUGGCUGUUCCCUUGUUUUUUUUGUCAUUCCUCAAGUUUGUCUGUGAAUUUACUUUGUUAGAGUAAUUGUAAUGGAAUUUGUUAAAAGUACUUUUUAAGAGAAAUGGGUGUGUUCAUUUCACAUGUUUGAACAAAUAUGUAGAAUUAAAAAAAUAAAAAUAAAAUUACUUUUAACA